GGCGCCGGGGGGCGGCGGGGGCGGGCGCUCUCUCCCUGCCGGCGAGUAGCGCGGUCCGGGGGAGGCCCUUGGCGCUGGCGGCGGAGCGGCGAUGGGGGCGGCGCGGCCGCAGUGAGCCCGGCGGGGAGCGGCGCGGAGCGGGGAGCGGGACGGAGCGGAGCUGCGCCCCUUGGGCCGAUGGCGUUCAGCGCCUGGCAGAUCCUCUCGCCGGUGCAGUGGGCCCGCUGGACAUGGUCGGCGGUGCGGGGCGGCGGCGGCCCCGAGGGGGAGGACGAAGGGGCGGAGGAGGACUCGCCGGCCCUCGGCUCCAGCUCGGACUCCGAAGGGAAUUUUGAGACCCCUGAAGCAGAAACGCCGACCCGCUCGCCACUCAAGCAGUUCUGCGAGCCACCGCCGGGACCACCGGAGCCCGAGGCUGGGACCCCAGAGCCAAGUGGCCAUGCUGACCGGCUGGUAGGGGCAGCUCGCCAGGACAGCUCACCUGGGACGCACCCCCGAGAUGGGGCUCAACCGGAGACUGGAGCCCCCAAAGCCAACUCGGAUGCUAAAGGGGAACCUGACCCCAAAGACCCGUCCCUGACACAGCCACCAGCCGCCACCCAGUCCCCGGCAGUGCCGGCACCCGGGGCUGACGCUGGCUGUGCCCCCGUGCCCGCGGCAGAGCUGGCACCGCUGCCCCAUGCGGGCAGAGCCGCCCCGGAGCGCAACAUGUCCGGGGGGGACACGACGGACCCCAGCACGGGGCUGGGGGAGCCCGCAGCCGAUGCCCUGGCCCAGGAGUGCUCGACCAGCCGGGGCCAGCUCGGGAAGGGGGGGGAAACAGAAGAAACCAUGGAGGAGACCCCGGUGCCCCCGACGUCCUACGGGUUCGACCCCGAGCAGUACGACGAGAGCGUGAAGCCCUUUGUGGCAGGGGGCUGCCGGCUGCAGAGCUCCCCGCCAGCAGCCCCGCGUCACCUCCCCCAUCCCGCUGAGCCGGGGGGGCACCCGGACCCCGAAGAGCAGCUCCAGAAACACGAGGCUGAUGGUGCCGAGGAGGGAGAGAGCGUGGAGGGCAGGAGAGCUGCACCCAGGAAGGGCAGCAGGAUCCCGGCCAGCAAGCUGACACCAAAGAGGCACCGAGACUCCCCCAGGAAACCCGUCGAGGAUGUGGAGAGGGGUCCCAUGGAGCUGCUGCCUCCCCAGGGCUCCCCCCGGCUGGGUCAUGCGCGCUGGGACACCCCAGGUCCCAACCCCUUUGGUGGCAGCUCAGCGCUCCAGGACUCGCCGGCUCUCCCCAGGGGCUCUUACCAGUUCAACCCAGAUAACUUUGACUCCGUGGAUCCCUUUAAGCCCACCAAGACCCUCGCCAGCACCGCCGACUCCUGCCCUGCCGCCGAUAACAGCCUCAAUGAGAUCCUGGAGUCGCAGACGCUGGAGGUGCAGGAUGAGCUCGUGAGAGGCAGAGACUCCCCGAAGAAACCCAGGUCGCGCCUGAUAACGACUACUGAGCAAGUGAAAUUUCUCUGUUUUCUGUUGAGCAGCUGCAAGGUGCAGCAGUAUGAGGCGCAGCCCCUGGUCCUGGACACUUGCGCUCAGGAUGAGGGAGCGCUGAUCUCAGAAAUCCCAGCUAUUGCGAAUCGGGAUGGACGUGCCACCGAUGAGGAGAAGCUGGCCUCCACCACCUCUGCGCAGAAACCGGCCGGGCUGGAGAAGAAGGGCGAGCCAGAGGAUGACCUGGAGUACUUCGAGUGCUCCAACGUCCCUGUGCCGGCGGCGAAGCACGGCACAGAGACAGGCUUUGAGAAGGACAUCUCCAAGCAGACGGCAAAGGAUGGGCCUGUCAUCUUCCCCGGCAGCCCUGGGCUGUGCUCCACGGACAAGCCCCCGGCCGCCGCCACCAGGAGCGAGAGUCCCCUGGACGGCAUCUGCCUCAGCGAGGCCGAGAAGACGGCUGUGCUGACGCUCAUCAGGGAGGAGAUCAUCACCAAGGAGAUCGAGGCAAACGAGUGGAAGAAGAAGUACGAGGAAAGCCACCAGGAGGUCCUGGAGAUGAGGAAAAUCGUGGCUGAGUAUGAGAAGACCAUUGCCCAGAUGAUAGAGGAUGAGCAGAGGACAAACAUGACGUCUCAGAAGAACCUGCAGCAGCUCACGAUGGAGAAGGACCAGGCUCUGGCAGACCUGAACUCGGUGGAGAGGUCCCUGUCGGAUCUCUUCAGGAGAUACGAGAACCUGAAGGGUGUCCUGGAAGGCUUCAAGAAGAACGAGGAAGCACUGAAGAAGUGUGCUCAAGAUUAUUUAACCCGGGUCAAGCAAGAGGAGCAGCGGUAUCAGGCCCUGAAAGUCCAUGCAGAAGAGAAGUUAGACAAAGCCAACGAGGAGAUCGCCCAGGUGCGCGCCAAGGCCAAGGCGGAGAGCGCGGCGCUGCACGCGGGGCUGCGCAAGGAGCAGAUGAAGGUGGAGUCCCUGGAGAGAGCCCUCCAGCAGAAGAACCAGGAGAUCGAGGAGCUGACCAAGAUCUGCGACGAGCUGAUAGCCAAGCUGGGGAAGACAGACUGAGCAUCCCUGCCCCUCGCCCAGCACCCUGCACUUGGCCGCUUUCCUCGUACCGUCGAGCACCUUGCCUUAUUGCCCAGGAACCCCCCUGCAGAGAAGCACACGCGGCGCCCCAGUCCCCACGCUGUCCCUGUGUCCCAAGGGCUCUGGGGUCCCCGCCAUCAGGUGUGCGUGUCCCCCAUGGGGUCAGCAGCAAGCGGCUGCCGCACCGCCCCUCUGCACAGAUGCCACCUCUCAGCUGCGAGGUGACACUCCAGGCUCUCCCCCCCUCAGCAGGGGGCUCUGGUCACGUUCUGAUGUGCUUUGUCACUUACUGUCCUCACGUGCCCAGUUGCACAGGUUCUGCCCCGGGAUAUGGGUGACACCAGGGUUGGGGUCCCCAGCUCUUGGGCUGGGGAAGAGGACCUGGCAUGGGAUGGGGAGGCAGUGAGGGGGCUCGGGGACCCCAGGGCCCCACCGCAGGUGGUUUGCGGCCACCAGUAGCCUCUCAGUAGGUUGAUGGGUUUUGCGGGAGGUGGUGGCAUUCAAGGGGCUGGUCCUGGUCCCUGGUACAUGGGUGACACGUGGCACAGAGCAUCCUUGUCCCUGGCUGUGCCAGCCUUGGAGGAAGGAAGCCAACGUCUCUGCAUUUGUGCACUUUAUUAGCAAUUAUGAGCAUCUACUAGCAUUUAUGAGCACUCGGGCUCUCUCCUCACUUCUUCCCAUCGGGCACGUGUCUCGUUCCCCCAGCAGCACCGGGGUAACUUCGGUCUGCUCCCAGGAGGAGCCCCCGGCCCAGGGGAGGGCAGGGAGGCCACUUACAGCACUCAGCAGUAAGAGAAGCAAACAGAGCCCGGCCUUGACAGGCAAGGGCAGAUCCAGACAGCAGUAAAAUACGCUUCUGAUUUCACCCCUUGGCACUCACGCAAAACGCAGCCUGCGUUCAGUGCGGGCGAUGCUCCCGUCCUCCUGCCCUGGCACGGCUGGGCUGGCUGCGGACAGCAGCUCUGCGGCAAUAACCUGCUCCAGCAGCAUCUUCCCAGCUCUGGCAGCAUCCUCCCGUGCCUGCUCCCUGACAGCGUGCCUGCUCCCUGACAGCGUGCCUGCUCCCUGACGGCGUCCUCAUUCCCUGCUCUGCAGCAUCUCGCACUGUUGCUCCUCUCUCUGUCGUGUCCCUGUGCCUGUCCACAUGCACUUCCCAUUGGGGCAAAGAAGAUUCCUAAGGAAUGAUUCACUAACUAUAAUAUGGUUAUAGUUCCAUAUAUAUAAAUAUAUAUAUAAUGGUUAUAGUUAUAUAUAAUAGAAGGUGUGUGUGUAACUGUGAGCGGGCAGGACUGGUGCAUCUCACACCACAGCAGCCCUGGAGCUCCGGCGCGGUGAGGCUGCAGGUCCAACGCCAGGGAUGCCGAUGACAGCGUGGGGUGCACAGCAGCCCCCACACGUCCAGCAAAGACACCGGUACCCAGUGUCGCCCUGCUGCCAGCCCAGCUGUGUCACCAGCGCAGGGAAGCUGUGGGCACAUGUGUGUCACGGUCUCAGCCUGGUUGUGUUUGGUGUCAUUUUCCUGCAGCACAAUCUAAACGUCCCUUUUGGGCAGCGCGGGGGCCGCCGUGAGCUGCCGGUGUUGCUGUGUGCGAGUGUGCGUCUGCCAGCAGGUCUGUGUCCACAACAACGUGCCAACGAGUGACCACCCUGACUGCAAAUCGCUCCCCGUGCCCCCACCCCCGAGCAGGAGCUCUCUGCAGUGACUACUACCCCAUCGCUUUGUACCAUGUAUGUAACUGCCGUCACCAUCAGUUUUAUAUGUACAAUGAUUUCCCUUUUAUAUGUCAGGUAAAUAUUUGUAAGAGUUAUACUCACACAAAUGAGAUUAUUAUAAUGAUUACUAAUAUAUUUUUUCCAUGUUUCAUUGCCUGAAUAAAAGUUGUGUUUAUCACUCUUCAAA